CAUCCCUCACUUUGGCCGAUCACGUUCAGAUCUCAUCCAUCCUCGCUUCGCAGCUGAGCUGCUUCGACUCGCGAACGCGGAGCAUCACGCCCCCCUUGAGCUAGCUCAUCGUUCCGCAGAACUGGCCACAUUCUGUACUAUCGAUUCCCGCUCGUUUGCGACCGCGGAAUGCUACUGCCUCUCUUGAGCAAUGCUGGGAAUACGAUAACGCAAGCAAUCGACUUGCACAGCAAGCUCUUGGCCGCGCACACGAUGCUGGCUCUCCCUUCCCGAAGCGGGGAUGAAUUAAACGGCGCAGGCAUGGUCACAGUGGCAGCAGGCCCGGGGGGAAUAUCAGUUCCAGUCGCCAUCGUCCUUGGACUUCUCUCCUCCUUCGUCCAGUCGCUAGGCCUCACCUUGCAACGACUCUCGCACAAGUCAGAGUCAGCGCGAGCAUCUUCUCGACAGAGGACAGAGUGGAAACGUCCGCUUUGGCUCGUCGGAUUCGCCAUCUUCAUCACUGCUAAUAUAGGUGGCACUGUUUUCCAAAUCGACGCGCUGCCCAUCGUCAUGCUGGCACCGCUCGGUGCAGUCAGUCUGCUCUUCAAUGCUUUGCUCGCGCGUUUCCUGCUCGAUGACUUUUUCAGUUGGAACAUGAUUGGAGGAGCAGUGCUUAUAGGCUACUUUGGGGCCAUCCAAGAGCAGCCUCACAGCUUGGACGAGCUCUUAGCUCUGUACUCGCGUCCUGCAUUUGUGGCCUUUGGCUCUUGCUUUGCUCUGUCUCUAGCAGGGGUGUUGACUGGUGCGCACUUGACGGAAUUUGCUUUGAACAAGCAUGUCCGACAAUUAUCUUCUGGCGAGCUGGAAGGGCGCUCCCGCUCUCUCAAGCGGAGACGGCGCAAGAGCUCCAGCGGCUCCAGCGCAUCUUCCACAUCCUCGGAUCGCAGUGGGGCUAGCGAUGGGAACGGAAGUAGUAGGGGCGGCGUGCGGGCCUCGCUGGCAAGAAGAUGGAGCGCACCCUCUCUGGCUCCACUCGUGGAGGUCUCAGAAAGCAACUCAGGUGUCGCCACCCCAGUCCUGGCUAGAGUAGACGAGGCGGCGAGAAGGCAAGGGAUUUCUGCUGUUCUGGACAGUCAGGCGUAUCACAACGGCUGCUGCCCGCCUCAAGGCUCGACUUUACGUCAGCCUGUGGACGCGGUCCCCCAGUCUCCUAGGAAAUUGGCACGCAAUGCAUCUCUGAGAGCAGCUGCCGUCUCAAAAUUCCUCGCGUCAGCACACGCAGCGAGGAGGAAGUUGAUGCUGAGCGUUGCAUAUGGAGCCGCGAGCGGAACGCUCUCGGGUGCAUGCUUGCUUCUUGCGAAGAGCGGAGUAGAGUUGCUGGUCAAGACGUUUGAAAAAGAUGGAGAAAACCAAUUUGGUAGAUGGCAAAGCUGGGCCAUUGUGGCGACUCUUGGAGCCGCUGCUAUUGCACAGCUGUGGUAUCUCAACAAGGCGCUGAAGCUUUCAGAUCCGACUCUAGUCUGUCCACUAGCGUUCUGUGCCUAUAACGUGGCCAGCAUCAUGCUUGGUCUGAUGUACUUUGAUCAGCUUUCAGCUUUAUCUGCCCUCAGUCUCACUGCUGUUGUUCUCGGAACAGCAGUUCUGCUGACCGGAGUCUUCUUGGUCAGCACGCAUGGAAGCGGCAAGGUACCUAAGCAAGACGCAACUGGAGCCGAAGGUGUCUCAGCGUACGGCUCUAUUGAGCAAGGGGAGCCUGGAAGUCAUUCAGCCCAGGUCGACGAUAUCGAAUCGGGACUUUCCAUUUCCCAAAACAGGCAUGCCAAUGGAGUAGAAGGCGUAUCAUCGCCCGCGUCGAUGGAAAAUGCCACCGAGACCACAGCCCUUCUUGCGUCCAACGCGGCAGGUAUCGCGGGCCCGCAUCUACCCCCUCCUUCCGCUCCAACGCCUCCGUCCAGUGCGCCCGCGCAGCUUGUUGCAUCAGAUGGGUCUCCCCGUACAUCUCCUACGUCAUCACCACUACGCUCGCGCUCUUCCGUUGUCCCUGGCAAGGACGGAAGGCGAAUGGCUUCCUCAGGUGGCAGUAAUGAGGUAUCGAGCCCUCGCAGCCGACGAAGUAGGAGUCGAUCCGCUAGUCUGAUCGGAGGGCUAGGAUUAGUUGUCGAUCCCUCAUUGGCGCACGAACAACGCACAUCGGAAGUAGAUGGACGCGCUCGAUGUUUCUCCGCCUCCCACGCGCAGAACAGUCCAUCGUUCCCACGGGAUCAAGACGAGGGCGUGCAGGAAAUCGUGCUUCCCAUCGAAGGUGCCAGCUCGCACCGUAAUGCAGAAUCCAGCCGUCCUGGCCCGCAGACUGCAUCUCCGCUAAUGAGGUCGAGCUCACAAGGCGGAGCGGUAGGUCACGAGAGCGUUGGCGUACCAUGGAGUCCUAUACAUUCAUCUCGAGCCCUUGCAAGAGGCCUUUAUGCCACGUUUCUCUCGCGAGGACUUUCCAUCGGUCUAUCGCCUUCCAGCCCGGGGUUCUAUAUUCCAGGAGCGGACGCGGCAGAGCAACUGCACGAAGCAACUUAUGCUCGACGAAGCGGCUCUGCCAGGUGGAAUGGUCGGUCAAGGAGAACGGCUAGCGAGGGAGACGCAAGUGCGCUCAACACGAGUGGAAGAGAUUUGGAUGCUCUGGGAGAUCAGUACGCAAGACUGGACUCUUUGGCGGAGGAAAGCGGGUCCGCGUUUGAUCGUGUGGCAAUGCCUGCUCUAGCUGGAGAGCCGGACGUGGCCGUGCCGACGGAGCGCCAGGACUCGGCAAGAACCCUUGAGCAACCUCGGGGAACACCAUCAAGCCAGCAACUAGUCGAUGAAGAAGCUCUGUCCACCAGUCCACCCGAAGCGUCUGGCUCUGCAUGGCAGAACCUCACGAGGGCAGCUAGUCAGACUUUGGACAUUGGCGCGCUCACUCAGAGACUGAGCAGGUUGAGGAGAGGUCUGAGCGGAACCUCUGAGGAGCGCACCUAGAAACAGCUUACAAUCCCCGGCAAGUACAGCACUCCAUGAUAGGUAGACUGCAUCUCCCUGCGCCGUCGCGGCACUUCCUGAACGCCAUUCAAGUCACCUUUGGUCUGUAAUAGCUUGACUUUGCACACUGCGCGGAAUCGCACUCCAAUUAAUAGGAUCCUUUUCCCACUG